AGUUCUGUGGAGCAGGACACAACGUCACGAGCUGGCCUUCCUCUCGCAGCUCCUACUUCUGAUUCCAUCCGUGGACGGGAACGUCGGAGAGUUGCGAUAUAAAUUGCUCGUGUACUCGCGGGCACGCACGGAGUACUGCGCGUGUGCGUGGGGUGAGCAGAUGGGCUACGUAUAAAUCGCCUGGGAUCGACUUCUGUGGCUUUCAUCCCAUCUCUCCCCCUCGGGCGCUCACUCUCUCGCUCUCCCUGAUCACUGUGCUGCUUGUCCCGGGACGAGCAUUUCAUUCGCAGAAGCUACUGUCCUUAUCUGCAGCGAAAGCGCAGGCGGAUUCCUGUUGUUGGAUCAUCUGAUGCAAUCAAGUUUAAGCGACGAGUGAUGAUGAUGAGGAGGAUUUGAGUUUUUGCUGUUUGAGUCAGCUCUGGCGCUGAAAUGGAACAAAGUGCCCACAGUGACGACAUUGAUCUGGAAUUGGAUCUGAGCGCAUCAUCGAUCGAAGACCUGGGAGGUGAAGUUAGUCGUCAUCCUCAUAGUUCCAGUUUCGUUUGUUUGGAGUUGAUUGUUGACAGAGGAGCACAGCAGAUGCAGGGGCAGAGCAGAGCAGGGAUGUGAUGAGGGAGCUCUGUUCAGGGUUAAGUCGCCACGAUCCCUUGUUGUGGACUGAAGUUUGAUUUCUUGGGGGAAUUGUUUGGACAGCAGUUGUGCAUGAGAUUGCGCAGUCUUUUGCCUUCCAGGAGUUUAGGUUUUAGCACAGGCGACCGAAGUGCAAUGCGGAGGAUGUGUUAUUACCGACAGGAGCGUUAUAAUUCUUUGAGGAUACUGAAUUGGAAAGUUGACCGAUCGGAACGUGGAACAGAAUCAACAUUCAGGAUUCUACUGGGAUAACACGUUGUCGCCGAGGCCCUGCAUCUCAGAGCGCUCAGCACUUCAGCGAAUAAAGGUCUAAGGAUUAAAGCAUUGGACUUGCCAGUCGAAUGUUCCUGUCAAAUUUCCGGGUUUUGCUCUGAGAGCGGACAGACAGACAUCUGAUGCAGAUUUUGUAGGUUCAAGUAGUUUGUCAACAUGGCGGAUGGUUCAGGCAACGAUAUGGAUUCCCUGUUUGAAGGCAUGGACUUUGUCAUGACUGGAGCAUUGGAGGAUGCGAGCGAUCCUCCUGCCGAUGGGCUCCAGAAUGACUCCAAACAUACAUUGAAAGAGAAAUUAGGCCAGAAUGGAUCAGCAGCUGUACCCGCUACACUGGUCCCAACAUUGACUUCAGCAGCAUUACCUGCAACCCGUUCUAGCUCGUCAUCUUCAUUGACUUCCCUGCCUUCUCUAGCACGAAGUAUCUCUGGUUCCCUUGCCCCUGGCGGUCAAUUGUCACCUCCUGCCCAUGGAGGCUUGCAGAGAGAUCCUAGUAAACCUUUAGACGAAACCCUGUUUAGUGGUCUCAAUGUGUCCUUCAUGGAUGACGAAGGCAGUAUGCAAUUGCAGUUCGCAGUGCCUGAAAGUCAGACGGAUGGUGCUAGUCAAACAUCCGUAGGUAGUGCCCACCAUGGGAGAACGGACUCCUACGAUGGAAAGUCAGCAGGUGAAAAGGCUGGUAAUGCUGAGAAAGAAAGGCCAACUGUGGAGUCUAUAAUGACCGCCUAUAUUAAUGUGGGACCAACUUCUUCAUUCAAGCAUUCUUCUUCAGGUAAGGCACUAACUUCCAAAGGGGCUUCUUCGUUGACACAAUCUCCUUCGCAAAAACCAGGCAUGCGGAGGAAGAAAAGAAGCAUGAAGAUUGGUUAUGCAAGGGAGGAAGAGGAACAGGAGGAAUUGUCUUUGAGAAAGAACACAGUUCGAGAUAAAAUUACAGGAGCGGCUGCAGGCAAGGAAAUUGUGAAUGGCAUCUUCGACUCCAGUCCUAGACAGUCCGUUUCGAGUCACGGGCUUUCCAGGGCGAGCAGUCAAGGGCAGUUGGAUGUAGAUGAGUUCUCUGAAGUUGCGGAGGACGAGAGUUCGUUGGCAGACACUGCUUUAUCUGGUAGGCCAGACGGUGAAGUGGAUUCUUCCGCCAAAGCGCCUGUGUCACAAAGUAACUCCCCGGACAUUGUUUCAAAAUCUGUUGCGGCUGCCAGUCUUGACGAAGACAAACUUCAGCCCAAGACUGUGGAGUCAGAAGAUAUCGAUCGCGUCAGUGUUACGCAGGAGGCUGUACCAAAUGCUGCCCAUGAAAUGGGGAAAGAUCAGGAAGCUCCAGGUAAUGCGCUUCCGAAUUCGACUACUGUAGAUAGGGAGGAAACCGGUGUGGAGAAAUCUAGUGACAACAUCCCGCCCGAAGAGACUGUUAGCGAAGCAGAUAGAGGAGAGUCGGAUGGCAAUUCUUUAACAGUUCAGACAGCGGUGAAAGAAGUGGAUGGAGGAGAAAACCCCUCAUCCUUGGAAGAAAAUCUGGACAUUACAUCCCUGGCUGCAAAAAAGACUGGUACAAUUGAGGAGAGGCUGCAGUAUGUACAGGAAUUAGUGGCUCGUGAAAUGACAGUACUGCAAGGGAGGAAUUCUGUAGUAUCGGCCUUGCGGAAAGCUGCUGUGCAAGAUAGAAGACAGGCUGCAGAGAGGGCCUCUGCAGCUUCCACAAGGUGUAAGAAUCUGGAAGCUGAGCUCAAUGCAGCUUGCGAAAAUGAGGAUUUUGAGAAAGCGGAUGCACUUAGUGAAAGUGUUGCUGAGGCCGAGAAUGCCAUGCAUCAGGCUACAGAAGACUUCAAAUUAUCCGAAGCAAAGUGUGACUCAGCUGCCUCUAAAGUACAAGAGAUUCUAGACUUGCAAGUGGCUACCGAAGAGGAAGGAGCUCGGAUAUUCGAGUUGCUGAAGCAGGAGGCUGAAGUUGCUGCAGAUAGAGUUAGGACUGAAACCCAGGAAAAAGCCAGGCGAGAGAUGGAGAGGCUGAGUGCAGAUGAAGAAGCAGCGGAGGCUAGGAGGAGGAAGCUGUCACUGUCUCUGAGGAUUAUCGAGGAAGCAAACGCUGAACUUGAUAAGGUUAUAGGAGAAGGAACCAAGGAGGAAACUGAAUUGAAAAUGUCUUUGACGGAACAUCGAAGUCAACUGCUUUCUGAGCUAGAGGAACUACUAUCCCUAGUCAGGAAGAAAGAGGAAGAGAUUUCUGAUUAUGAUCAACGUAUUCAAGCAGUCGACGAGAAGAUGAGCAGUGUUGUUGCUAACUUUGAGACCCAACGAAGCAGUUUAGAUGCGGAGUCUAAAGCCCUAGCGGUUUCUUCACUAGAGUUGGACGAUGAGUUCAAACGAAUAGCUGCAGAGAAACAGGGUGUCGAUGAGUUGCUUGCUGAGGGCGAAAAAGAAAGUCUCAAGCUGGAAAGGGCCGCUAGGUCUGCUUUAGAUGCCGGAUGUGCUGUACAAGAAGCUCUGAAACUGAAGAAGGCGAUAGCUACUACAACUUUUUUUUUCAAGGAGAAGAGGUCAGAGCUCGCAGAGAAAGAGAAGAAAGCUCUGGAAGAAAUCCAGGCUCUUCGUGAUGAGAGCCUCUCCGGUCGAUCAUCUCUUCAGGAGCUGACUACCAUGAAGAUGAAGCUAAAUCAGGAGAUUGGGGAGAAAAAGCAACUGAUCCUUUUCGUGGAGAAGAGAACUCCCGAAUUGGAUUCUGAGAAGAAACUUGCAGCAGCGGCUCGAAAUUUCAAAGAGGCUGGUCGGUUAGCAGCAGAAGCCAAGGCUCUCACUGCCGAGAAAGAGGCUGCCACAGCAGAUAUGACUAGAAUGUUAUCCGAGCUCCAAAAUGUGGAAACAGAAGCUGAUUUGAAACUCGGUGUUCUAGAUGAUAUGGAUAGGCUCAUUUCAGAGAAGGAAAAAGAAGCCGCUAUAUCGCGCUGUGAGAGGCUUCGAUUAAUGGCUGCUGCGGCUAGAAUGGAAAGGGAUGCAGCCAUUGAGCUGGAAGAUUUUGAAGAGGCUGAAAGUUUAGACUCAGAAGCAGAGACUGCGGAUCUUGAGGCUGAAGAACUGCAAAGAGUGUAUGAGUUGGAAGGUGGAAAAUUCGAGAAGCAAAGCAAUUCCUUACUAACCUUCGUAGAGCAAAUCAACGAUAUUACUCUUCAAACUGGGGCCAACCAAGCCACCUCAGCUGUGGAGGCACAAGUAAGUCAGACUGAUUUGAUGAAGAUUGAGGAGGGUGCAACAGCUUGAGGCUUAGUGUGUUUUGGAAUUAAGUCAAUUGAAGGUUGACCAGGAAACUGGCAUUGUACAUUCAUGUGAUUCAUGAUCCCGUUGUCCUGAGUUGUUAUUAUAAUCGGCUGGCAUGUUCAAGCGCCGAAUCCAUCUCGUCUGCUUAUCAAGCUGGUUGGCCAUUAGAAAGAUUGAGUCCUUAUACAAUUGUUGAGGAACAUAGAUUGUUCUUCUCAAAUAAAUGAAAAGAUUUGACAUCAAAUAUUAAUAUUAGAAAUGAUUGUAAGUUCAAGCGAGGCUUCAUGGAAAUGAGAGUUUGAAAGUCUUGCAUUUUCCCAUCCCCCUUUCAGACUGAUCAAAUCGA